AUACCCACCAGGGGAAUUCAUCCCCCCUGCUGCAGGAUUUGGGAAGGUGCUGCUGGCAGGGAGCUGAUCCCUGUGGAUCUCCUGUUCUCUAAGGGAGAUGAUGGAAGAACGCUGCUGGAGCUGCAGCUCCUGAGGGAUGGGAGCGUUGUGCAACUUGGGGAGAGCCUCACCAGCCGUGGGCUGGCAGCUGUGCUGAGACACCAGGGUGUCACCUCACGGGAGAAAGUCACAGGCAGCAGCAGUGGUGGCUCUCUGACCCGGGGGACAGUGCCUGGACCCCGCUGGCAGGACCAGAAGUUUGGGGCCCUUUGGGUGCCUGCCAGUGCUCCCAGCAGCAUGGACAGCGGUGACACCAUCACUGAGGAGGUGUGCAGGGAGGACGACGUUGGGGAUGGACAGCUCCUGGAGGUGAUGGUGGCCGGGUACCCAGUGCUGCUGGUGAGGAACAGGAGGGAAUUCCGAGCUCUGGGCAGCAAAUGUCCCCACUACGGAGCCCCGCUGAGCAAAGGGGUGUUGAGAGGGGAGAGGCUGCGCUGCCCCUGGCACGGGGCCUGCUUUAACAUCAGGACUGGGGACAUUGAGGAGUACCCUGCUCUGGACUGUCUCUCCUGCUUUAAGGUAACAGUGGAAGAUGGAAAGGUGUUCAUUACAGCAAAAAAGAAGGACCUGGAAAGCAGCCUGAGGGUGAAGGACACGAGCAGGAGGUGCCUCCUCAACAAGAACACCAUGCUGCUGCUGGGGGGAGGUGUGGCUGCCCUGGUGUGUGCAGAGACGCUUCGCCAGGAGGGGUUCACAGGCAGGAUCAUCAUGGCCACCAACGAGAAGCAUGUCCCCUAUGACAAAUCCAAGCUGAGCAAGGAAAUGAACUUGAAAGCUGAGGACGUCUACCUGAGGAAACCUGAAUUCCUCGAGGCUCGGGGCAUAGAGUUCUGGACAGAGAAAGAGGCAGUGUCCGUGGAUUUCCAGAGGCAGGAGGUUCAUUUCAUGGAUGGCUCCUCUCAGAAGUACCACCAGCUGCUGAUUGCAACAGGCAGCCACUCUGGUGUCCUCAAAGUCCCAGGUGCAGAGCUGCAGAACAUAUGCACACUCCAAACCCCUGAAGAGUCCAGCAAGAUCUUGGAGCUGGCAACUGGGAAGAACCUGGUGGUUGUGGGAGCUUCAUUCAUAGGAAUGGAGGUGGCUGCCUUCCUCUCAGACAAGGCUGGAAGCAUCUCAGUGGUGGAAAGAGAGGAGUUCCCUUUCCAGCACGCCCUGGGUCCUCAGGUUGGAGGUGUUGCCAUGAGGAUGCUGCAAAAUAAAGGGGUGAAGUUCCACAUGAAAACAGAACUGUGUGAGCUGAAAGGAAAGGAUGGAAAGGUCACAGAAGCUGUCCUUGCCAAUGGAGAGAAGCUCCCUGCAGAUGUGGUCGUGGUGGGAAUAGGCUCCAGCCCCAACUCGGCGUUCCUGGAGGGCACCUCCAUUGCCAGGGAUGACAAAGGUGCCAUCCUGGUCAAUCUGCACAUGCAGACCAACAUCCCCAAGGUCUUCGCUGCGGGGGACGUGGUCACCUUCCCAGUGGCUCUGCUGGAUGGGGACAGGUCCAGCAUCCACCACCAACAAGUGGCUGAGGCCCAUGGUCACUGUGCUGCUCUGAACAUGCUGAGGAGAGGGGAGGAGCUGCACACUGUCCCUUACUUCUGGACCACAAUGCUUGGGAAAAGCAUCCGCUAUGCAGGCUGUGGGAAGGGAUACACAGACACUGUUGUGAAGGGCAGCCUGGAGCAAGAGAAAUUCCUGAUCUUUUACAUCAGGGAUGGCCAUGUGACUGCAGCUGCCAGCCUGAACUGUGACCCCAUGGUGUCUCUGAUUGCAGAAGUUUUGUACUUGGGGAAACAAAUCUCCAAAGAAGAAGCAGAGGCCUGUGACAUUGGCAACAUCCCCUCGCUGGCACAAAGCUGAGUUUGGUGUGUGCCCCUUGCCAGGGGCUCACAACCAAGUGCCAACAGCUCCACAUCCUCCCAGCCUGGAGCAAUAAAACCAUCAGCAAAGCUGAACCCAGCACCUGCAUUCUAUGUUUGCAGACAGCCACUUGUGCUGGGCACAGCUCAGCAGAGGAGGAUGCCAUGGCCUGGGGCUGAGCUGAGGCUCAGCAGCCACCACACAGGCACAGAUGCAGCAGCAGAGCCACAGCAGCUCCUCCUGCUCCUUCCCUGUCGGCAGGGAGCUCUCAUUUAGCACACCGGUCACGCUGACCUUCUCCUUUGCAAAAACACAUUUUCCCAGCGAGGGGAGCUGUGACCGAGACGAGCUGCUCUCCCAGCAGGGAGCGGGGUGGGCUGUGUGCAGGGACUUGCACAGGAUACCCUGCCCCUAAGGACAGGGGGGUGCCACCAGCCUCCGAGCCAGCAGCACCUGCUGGCAGUGUCACUGCUGUCUGCAGUGUCACAUCAGCUGCUGCACAAGCAGCCAGACUCUGGC